GUCUAAUUAUCAUUUGUGUAGUUAACGAUCUUUACUUACUUUAGUGAUCUUUGAAAUUCUUGUGGUCAUGUGCACAAAAAUAUAAAAAGUACAGGAAGCAUAGCUUUAUCUGCAGAACUCAUUAGCACUACAGACUAUAAUUAUGGCGACCAGAUUAUAUGAACUACUAUCAUUCUUCUAUUUUGUUCAGUUAUCAUUUGCUCAGAUCUCAUUCAUUGGUCCAAGAGAAAAAGUGGAGACAAUACCAACAAAUCAGAAUGGCAUACAGGCAUUAAUAAUUAUCGAUUUCAGCAUGCUACCAGUGACACUACAACGUGAAAAUUAUACCUCAACAUGGACUCUACCUAAUGGGGAAAUGGUAUCUGAGGAAAAUCAAAGCCUAAAUCCACUGAUUUUUGUCUCAGAAGGACCGAUUGCAGUAGAUGCUACAGUUGUACCAACCACAACACUACUGGUUCAAGGUGUGUCCUACACUGAUGCUGGUGUGUACAGAUGUAGUGUACAGGACGACCGCAACCCAGGCUCUCCACCAAUAGAAGGAACAAUAGAGCUAAGGCUGAUAUUAACACUAACUGCUAUAAACUCAAGCGUGACAAUAUUGGACAAUGCUUCAUUUGUGGAACUAAGAUGUGAUAUGAGUGACUACAUUCGACCUGACGAUCAACUGCAAUGGUUCAGAGAUGGAGAAAUGAUAACCUCAGGGCAGGCCAGACGACAAAUAACUGUCAUGAAUGGAAACGCCGAUCAAGGACAGUUUGGAGGUCUUUCAACCCAAUCAUCGAGAGUUUCGGUGCUCACAAUCUCAAAUCCUGUUUUAAAUGAUACUGGAACUUACAAUUGCCAUGUGAUGGGGACCACAGAAUCUGUUAGUAUUGAACUACUUGUUCAAAGAUCAGAAACAGCUACAAACCCUAUAACACAAGGAAUAACUUCGUCUACACCUGUUACAGAAUUAACGCUUCCCCUCCCUGCCCUAAUCGGAGGAAUAGCUGGAAUAUUGGCACUCGUUGUCCUCAUACUCGUCAUAGUAAUCGUGGUGGUUAGUAGAUGUGUGGCAAAGAGAAAAAAGAAAAAUAAGCAUACAGAUGAUCCUAUGUACGACUACCCAGAUGAGCUUCCACCUCCUUCACUACCACAACCCAGGACCAAUCAGAUUCAAGUGACAACCAAUACAGCCUACGAUCUGACUACGCUACAUAAUGAUGCACCGGACGUCACUUAUGAGACAAUAAUGGACACUACCAACCCAGCAUAUGGUCUAAGACUAUCAGCAAGUGCAGGCAUCUCUGUUGAUACCAAUAUUUCUUAUGGUAUAGUUAAUCCUAUUACAGCUAAAUCAGCUCAGCAACAAGAUGAAACACCUGCUACCAACCCAACCUUUGAAGAUGCAAGAGAUUUUCUAUAAAUAAUUGUCCACGUGUUACUUACCCAACAUACAAAGAGGAAGUGUAUAGUCAUAACGAUUGAGAACUCGAUGAGUGCAUGUACCUUAUUCAAUGUGCUAUCUAUACUCCUUGAAUACACCUAUACAAGUAACAUGAUAAUUAUUAUUGAGUCAGAACAACAUUGUGCUGGUAA